UGAGAGGCUCGUGGUACCUGGGUGUCACUAGCACGCACGUCCACGUCACAGUACGUACAGCAAAUGAAGGGGGCGGUUCCCGGAUCACGUUGCUGCGCAGACAAGUGGCGAGGAAUAUUUUGUGGCUCGUCUUAUCUUUACCAUAUGUGUUUACCUCUCUUUUCUGUUCCUGCGACCGUGAUUUUCAGUGCGUGGUAGGCUGUAUAGACAAAGUUAUACGAGGACCUGUACAAACAACUGGAUUUCUUAAACCCUGGAUCUGGGAGAAUAUUGGUUGUGAGAAGCCCAAGGAGUCUAAGAAAAUUAACAUAAAUAAGAAGAGGCACUUGCUUGAAAAUAUGAUGAAGAUAAUUGUUUUCCUCUUUCUUUUUAUCGAUACCAGUAGUGCUGCGUACAAACGAUGGCUGCCAGACACCAACUUCGAGAACCCUCACAACUGGAACGUAGGCCGAGCACCGUGCGGUAACGACCGUGUGUUAAUCCCUGACGACAGUCCAGUCGUUUAUAUGCAGAUGAACACCACGCUGCAAGAACUGAUUUUGCCAACAAAUGGAGAGAUAAUUCUAGGGAACAAUGUGCAGCUGGCUUUUACACAGGCCCCUCUGGACUCUGCUGGCUGCCCUGAAGUUGGUGGAGAUGUGGAAUUCACAGCAAUCCACCCACAACAAUGGGUAGAUCCAAACAACUGGUGUACCACUCAGACGGAGUAUGGUGAUGACUGUCUACCUAGUAUGUUACUGGAGACAGAACAAGUUCCUUGUGUCAACGAUGAUGUUGUCUUUCAACGCUAUCACACCUACUACAUAAACCUUGGCAGUGAUCUGAAGCUGACUGUUAAGACACUAAAACUCAUGGGCAAGUCUUUCACAACCAGCACCUUCGCCCAGUUUCAAAAUUCUUCAGAUGGGCAAAAGAUCUUCUCAGUGAAGUCACCAAGUGCAGCAGGUACAACAAUCACAAUAACACGCCAAGGCUGCAAUAACAAUGGGCGAUGUCCAUGCAGAAGUGAAAAUGAUCAGAUAAUAAGUGAAAUAUGUGCAGUCCAAGCCCGUAGAUGUUCAAGGGCUGCCUGCAGUUUACCCAUUAAACCAGUUGGAGCCUGUUGUGAUAUGUGUGGAGCAGUUCUUAAUGGAAAAACAGGUCAAGGUUUCAACUUUGAUGCAUUCAAGAACUUGCUACAACAAAAUUUUUUUAACAAUAAUACGGAUGUUCAGACUGCAGUCUCCCUGACAAGUCCUGGCAAUGUGCAGAUUGUCCUUCAGAGUGAAACUGGCUCCAAGAGCACUAAAUUAGCGCACAUAAUCAAAGCAGAUAUUGAUGCAGAUUUGAAGACUGGUGGUCACAAAUAUGCACUGAACGACAUAAAUUAUGUCGAUUCAGGAACUGAAACAGCAGAUAAAAUGACAGAUGGUCAGGAAGGAAUCCCAAAACUAACAAUUGCAGCCAUUAUCAUCGGCGUACUUCUCCUGAUGACUUUUGUCACAAUUGCUCUACUGGUUUGGAAGUGUGGAAGAUCCAGGAUACUUCAAGGGAUCCAUUUAAGAAGACACCUGCACCUGAAUUUAGGUCGUAAGAGAGAACCACCAUCAGGUGCAGCCACUCCUCCACAUACUGUUGGGUCACUAGAUCCUGGUUUUGCUAAUCCCUUGUAUGAUUCAUCACCAUUUGAGAAAAAUGUGCCAAGUGAGAUGGAAUUAAGGAGUCCCAAGGAAGAGCAGCCAACAUUUGAUGCUGGUGACAGUGCCAGUGGCUUCAACAAUCCACUCUACGGAGCAGGAAGCUUCUUUGCUGACCCUGCUGCAAUUCCAGAGACAUCAAUUGAUGUGGAGGCAUCUGAAGCACAAAAUAAUGCCUAAGAAGCAGCCAAGUUAAAUCACAGUUAUCUGUUUAUUUCACAGUCUGCUUCAAGCUUUCAUCAUAAACUGAUUUUUUUUCCCAUAGACACUAAUAGUACAUUUAUAUCCAAGAUCAGUAGCACAUAAAAAUAUUUACCUGAUAAUAAACAUGGCCAAAGAAGACAACUGUAAGCAUUCAAAAAUUGUUUGUGAACUUUUAUUUUAUUUCAGCCAUGACUCAUCCUUCAAAAUAUACAUGUUGUCUCUCAGCACUGAACUGCUGUAGAAGUCGCACACAUAGAUGGUAGCAUCAGUAUAAAGAUGUUCAUUCAAAACAAUUUUGUUUCCUUAAGUCUCUGUGUCAAGAAAACUUUAUGACAGAAACUUUAUGGCAUCCUCUCAAUUGCAUAUCUGGAAAAAGAAAACAAACCACUUUGUGCCUCUAUUAAUAUCGUUAAAGAAUAUUAAUAUAGUUGAAAAUAUUUUCCACCUAUAAUUUGUUUCAUCUUGUUCAAUGGCUUAUUAAAUACAGUGAGCAACUGUGUGCAAAACACACAAUUUGAUUGGAUGUACAUUAGAAAUAGAUACACAACUUAAUUGACAAUACAAUAAAUUUUACUUCCAUCCCAAAA